CAGCCACCUCCCCCAACGCUCACUAACCCACGCUUCACUAUCGAGCUCGAGUUCGUCUCAUCCCUCGCCAACCCAUACUACCUCUCCCACCUGGCGGUCAACUACCCCAAUCUCAUGGGGAUCAGCCAACUUACCGACGAGACUGAUCCAACCGACAAAACCACCGCGUGCGACCCCGACGCCGUUGCCUUCGCUGCCUACCUCGCCUACCUUUACUCCUACUGGAAGACCCCCGAAUAUGCGCAGUUCCUGACACAUCCAGGUGCUACGCUCCGAGCUCUGCGGUUAUUGCAGGAGGAGAACUUCCGGCGAGAUGUCAUCCGACCGGAUGUUGUCGAGGCAUUGGCGAGCAAUGGACCGCAGGAGCCAGUGGUAGAAGGCGAUCGACCGCAGGGAGAAGGGCAGCAGGAACAACAGGAGCAGCAGGACGGACAG